AGACUUUUCACCUACAAAACACCGCUCUUAACCAUGAACUGAUGUUUGUAGAGCAACAGCAGCAGAUAAAGCAUAAACUCGCCACCAUCUACGACAAUUACCUGCAGAAAGACGAGCGCAGCGGUGAUUCGGACCAGCCUCAAGCUACUGUUGAACAGAUACGUAACAUUGCCGGCAAAGGUUUCGACAUAUCGCGCAUCAUCAGUGUAAUCGACACAUUCGCGCUCGCGCAACGCAUUCAACCCACAGCAGAACAGCACCAGAUAUGCCAACGACACAUUAGCAACCCACAAUAUGCCUUUUUGCGCAAUUUCGAAACACACAACCUAAACGCAUUCAUCAUCACAGAUUUGGUGCUAAAUUUGCCUUUCAAUCGAGAAAUCACCUCGAAUGUGUUGAUGGUCAUACGGCGGCAACAACAAUUAAACAUUGGCAGUAUGUCGGGCUCAUUUAGGGGUGGCGGUGAUAGUGUCACCACUGGCAACAACACCAACACCAAGUCGCAGUUGUAUAAGGACAUAGGCGCUUUGGCAUUGUUGGAAAAUCUCAGCGAGUGUUUACAAUCUUUAGAGCAACAGCGGCUGUCGCAGUUGUUAUACGAUAACCAUUAUUCACUAAAACCACGCAAAUUGAUGGUGGAGCUGCAUCGGGAGCGUGCCUUUAACACCGUCUUUCACAAAGCACCCAGCGAAAUUGGGCACAACGAUGACUUGAAAGCACAUGUUGCACUCUUUCAUGAUCUUCGGUCGAAAUGUAAUUACUAUCAGCGCUUCAUUAGCUACAUGCAACAGCUUGCGAAGUUGGUGCAAUUGCGCGAUCGUAAUCUGGAGUAUCAUUCGAGCGCACUCCUAAAGAUCAACGUAUGUGAUAUUAUUGGCGAGUUGAUAUUUGAAUGUAAUAUGACACCACUGGAGAUCGAGGGAAAUGUCUCCGCACUAAAUUUGAAUUUAGUACAUGUUAUAGCGCUUAAUGUUUGUCCCGAAAUAGCCGGUAAAUGUGAAGGCAGCGGCGGCGGGCAAGCUAUAUGGCGCAAAAUCUCUACCCAGAAGGCGGAAAACAUACUCAAUUACGUGGCAAAUCAAAACUGUCUGCUCGCACGUCUCUUACAGGGUGUUAUUAAUGCAGCUGGUGUGUCAUUACCAGGAAUUAAUUUGGAUAUGCGUCACUUGGAGUGUCUGCUGGAGUUGGAAGAAAUUGAGUGCAUAGCGAUGUUAUUUGGUGGCAAUAAAUUCGUGGCCGCCCUGCGCUCUGAUUAUGAUCCCAGCAAUGUAGUAGAGAAGGUUGCAUCAAAAUUGACCCAGUUGGACUUGUUGACUCUCGAAUUUGGAUACCAGCCCAAGGAGUUACAGCAAACGCGUAUCGAUCAGUUGCUACUGAAACUUAUCGACGAGGACGCAAAAAAUAUUCAGUGGGCUGGCCGCAUACACGACGUUGGUCUACGCGCUAAACUUAUACAAGCAAAUUUCACGAAGAUUCCCACAACGAGGCUUGCCAAGGAAUUGAUCGAGAACACACUGCAAAACAAGCAAGCUGCGACACGUAUACCAGUCGCGUUGCGUCAUCAACUGGAGGAGACAUUGGCUGAUAUCACCAUUUAUGCGAAAGUGUCUGAGGUGCUGCAAUUUGAGACGUGGCCACAAGCGUACGACUUCGGCAUGAAAACCCCAACUGCGAUAUUUGAGAAGUUACUACAAUCACAUUUGUACAAAUUGUGUUACAAUUGGUGCUGCGUGGUCAAGUUUACUGAGCGCUUCGCUGCACAAAAGCAUCGUUUUCUGGAUGUGCUGCUCUACGCGUUGCUGGAAUCGCACGACGAUGUCGCCGGCAGUAGCGGCGCUGGCGAGGGCGAAAUGAACCAAUACUUACUGCAGAUACUCGAAACAUUUCCCGCUACUGAUGUUGUUAAAUUUCUGGACACAAACAAAGACAAGUUCCGCUCGGUUUAUCUAAUGAGUUACGCUAUUGACUAUUUGUCACGCUGCAAUCCGAGCGAAUAUAAAAGCUAUCGAAAUUAUAAAAUUUCUUUAGUGAUUUUUGAACAGCUAACGCCCAGAGAACUUGCUCCGUUCUGGAAACUAUUCAAAUACCCACUGCUGAUUAUUGAACAAUUGGUGAUGAACACCAAGUUCGAGACACUAACUAAAGUGCUGGCGGCAGUGAGGCGGGCGCUUUCGCAGGUGGAUUCCGCUGGUGCGCAGGUGUGCUCCUUUUGCUUCGACAAACGCGGCCACAUUUAUGACAUACACACGCGCAGUCCUAAUGCACCUCAUAAAGUAAAGUUCCAUUUGGGCAAAGACACCGGCCACACGACGAACUCUGCAUUUAUUUUACUCAAUUUCAACCUGUACCAGAAGAAUCAUGUAAUCACUAAUGAGUGCAUUGAUUUGCUGCUCCGAAUCUACGGCACCAAGGCGCUGGACUAUCAUGUAUCCGACAUAACCUCCUCAUCGGAGCGCAUUUCACAGACCACAGAUAUGCAACAAUCGCUAGAUUCGCUGUGCGGCGCUUUCCAAAUGCCGCCGAUGGCUCCGACUCGUGACGAUUGGGUACGCGAUGAUGAUGCUACCCACUGCAUGUGCUGUCAUCGCGCUGCCUUUACUAUGCUUAUGCGCCGCCAUCACUGUCGGCGAUGCGGGCGUGUUGUAUGUUUUGCUUGUUCGGCGCAUCGCAUGUGCAUACCGGAACUGUACGAUGACGUGGAGGUGCGCGUUUGCAACGACUGUUUCAACAAAACUGAAGAGGAACAGCGUAAGCGGGCACAGGAUAUGGAUGCCGAAACGAAAGGCGAGGGCGCUGCGUCUAGCAAGGGACCACGCGUGCGUGAAAACGAUGCUUACAAGUGGCAGCUAUGUGGCAACAUUACGCACGAUAAGCUGUUGCGCGAAGAGUUUUGCUACGAACAUGCGCCUAGCGUGGCGUUAUGUCUGUCCAUACUCGCAUUUCAUCAGGGACAGCAAAAGUGUGUCGACCUGUUACUGUAUCACUGCCACAAAUUGGAAAAGUUAUUCGUACCGAAUCCGGAGGUAGACUACGAGUUGGUGGCAAAAAUGAUGAACUGUCUCGCAUUGGCUGCUAAGGUGCGUGGCGGCCCACCUGAAAUCGAAACUAUACGCGAACAUUCGGCGAUCAUAAUGUCUGUGGUUCAAAAUGGUUGCGAGGCGCUAAUACCGCCAGGUCCUCUGAACAAUCAUAGUCUGCGCAAACUAGGCGACUCGUUGGUGCAAGCCGAAAAGUGGGAUUUAGCAUUCGAAGUGCAUCUUAAAUGUGGAUUUCCCACAGCCGGAGUUAUGGCUGCUCAUGGCUUAUCGUGUUUGCGAGCUGGUUGUUUCGAUACAGCUCGCGAGAAAUUUUCCCAUUGCAUGACGAAGUUGAGUGGCGAAUAUAUGAAUGAGAAAAUCUGCAAAUACAUUAUGUCUGCAUCCACUGAAACGGAUAACAACGAUAAUCCCUUGGAAUGGUGCCAGAAUCAUGAUUUUCAAGUAUCUAAGCGACCACAACGCGGUCCGCCGCUACUACAGGAAAUAGUGAAGACCAUAGAGAACACGCCAUGCCUUAAACCACAACCGGAAACACUGAAGCGUGCUUCACUCAUUCGAAGCUCGAAUACGUCACUUGCAUCAUUGUUGUCGCGUCGCAAAGAUCCCUGCCCGAUACGCAUACAUGAGCCCGCGCUGGGUAUACUCACCACACUGGCCAAUCUGAAACACAUCGCCAAGGGCCAGUAUGCUGAUGUGCACAGCAAUCUUAGUGGUAUGCACGCGAAUUUGGACAACAGGUCACGUCAGUACUUGCAGCAUACACGCGGCUUUGAAGAAUGUCUUCACUACGUGUUAACUUACGGAUCGCACACCGAUGUGAUGCAAUUCCUAAUGCGACACCAUGAACUCAACGCUGCACUAAAAUACUAUCUGCAACAAAAUCUUGAAUCAGAAUUGUUCAUUCAAAACAUUUUUCUCGUAUCGCUUCGUUACGGUGAGGUAUCCGCAUUGAUGGAGCAUAUGCAAAAGUUGGACGCAAGUUUAUCGUUUUGGCGUGCUACAUUGUUGCAGACAUGUCACUAUCUGGAAACGCAGAAUCUUCUCAACUCACUUUACCAGCUGCAGUUGUUGUUGCAAGAUCCGGUACGUGCCGCCAUGACUUGUGUGAGAUUCUAUUCCGCGAACUGUGACAACUUCCAGCAGCUGCAGGCGAAUGCAAUGCAUUUGCAUAAUGCGCAACAACAUUUACAAUCUCAGCUGGAGUUAACCGAGUGGGAUAAAGUGAGUCUGGAGCCCUUGCAGCGCAAAAGAAACAGUUCCAUCGGCAGUCGACGCUCAAGUGUGGCGUCUAGGGCGAACACGCCGUCUAUGCAUUCAAACUUUUUAAUGGAAAUGGAUGCGCGUGCACUGAACAGUCACAUUAAUACGAUAUCAAUGCAAUUAGAAGUGACAAAAUUUCUGGCACAUUGUGAGAUAGAGAUGAGCGUAGCAGACGAACCCAUUACUUUGAAAACAUUGAAACAGAUUCGCGUUGAUAGCACAGGCAAGUUCAAGCUGCCAACACUAUUUGAUGCACUUCCAGAUCGAAUACAAAUUUGCAUUCUAAUUUUAUUAUGUGGCAAAAAUAUCGACGAGGGAUUUGGUUUGACGUAUAGGAUUAUUCAUUAUUACAAAUUGCCCGACGUAAAAGUUUUUGCAGCAGCUGCCAAAUUUCUUGCCUGCAAUCAGCGCAUUGGCGAAGUGGAGAAGCUCAUAAGCUGCAUAACUAGCAACAAUGGCAUCAAAACUCGCGACAUUGAUGAAAUUCUCUCGGCUGCCAUCAAUUCGGCAUCCAAUAGCAACGAGGCAGAAGUAAAAACUGCACUUGAUAAUCUCGCUAAAAAAAUUCACAGUGUGGAAUUGCGCAUAUCUUGUCACAUAUUCAUUGGACAGUUGAAAUCCGCUUAUCUUUUAGCGAAUAAGUAUGAACGUAUUGGAGAUAUACGGCGCAUACUUCGGCAAGCCGAACUAACGAAUCAGGUGCACAUAAAGAAAUUAUGUGAAAGAAAGUUAAGUUUCAACGCCUCACCGCGCGAGUGAUUUUAACCUUGACUGACUAGUAGAAGAAGUAUAUGCCCGCUUAUGCGUAUUUCUGUAUUUUUAAAAGGAAUUACUUGUUAGAUAUUUACAUACAUUAUGUGAUUUUAUGCCCAUCUCAUUGUAAGUUUUACCCAAUUUAUACCUACAUACAUACAUAUAAUAUAUUAUCCAAAAUAAAGUUGAAGAAAUUUUAUAUGACCAUAUUCUAAUUGUGCC